CGGGGCGCGGGAGGCGGCGCCGCUGGAGCCAGCGCGGGACGUGGGAUUCCGGGCAGGUGCAAUGGCAGAGAAGGUGCUGGUAACAGGCGGGGCUGGCUACAUCGGCAGCCACACGGUGCUAGAGCUGCUGGAGGCAGGCUACUCGCCCGUGGUCAUCGACAACUUCCAUAACGCCGUCCGUGGUGGGGGCUCCAUGCCUGAGAGCCUGUGGCGGGUACAGGAGCUGACAGGCCGCUCUGUGGAGUUUGAGGAGAUGGACAUCUUGGACCAGGCAGCCCUACAGCAUCUCUUCAAGAAGCACAGCUUUAUGGCGGUCAUCCACUUUGCAGGACUCAAGGCUGUGGGCGAGUCAGUGCAGAAGCCUCUGGAUUAUUAUAGAGUUAACCUGACAGGGACUAUCCAGCUUCUGGAGACCAUGGGGGCCCAUGGGGUGAAGAACCUGGUGUUCAGCAGCUCGGCCACCGUGUACGGGAACCCCCAGUACCUGCCUCUGGAUGAGGCCCACCCCACGGGUGCCUGUACCAACCCCUAUGGCAAAUCCAAGUUCUUCAUCGAGGAAAUGGUCCAGGACCUGUGUCGAGCAGACAAAGCUUGGAAUGCAGUGCUGCUGCGGUAUUUCAACCCCACAGGUGCCCACGCCUCUGGCCGCAUCGGUGAGGAUCCCCAGGGCACCCCCAACAACCUCAUGCCCUAUGUAUCCCAGGUUGCUAUUGGGCGACGGGAAACCCUGAAUGUCUUUGGCAAUGACUAUGAAACAGAGGAUGGCACAGGCGUCCGAGAUUACAUCCAUGUCGUGGAUCUGGCCAAGGGCCACAUCGCAGCCUUGAGGAAGCUGAAGGAGCAGUGUGGCUGUCGGAUCUACAACCUAGGCACAGGCACAGGCUAUUCGGUGCUGCAGAUGGUCCGGGCCAUGGAGAAGGCCUCUGGGAAGAAGAUCCCCUACAAGGUGGUAGCACGGCGGGAAGGCGAUGUGGCUGCCUGUUAUGCCAACUCCAGCCUGGCCCACAAGGAGCUGGGCUGGACAGCAGCCUUAGGGCUGGACAGGAUGUGUGAAGAUCUAUGGCGCUGGCAAAAGCAGAAUCCUUCAGGCUUUGGUGCGCAGGCCUGAGGAGCCUCCCCUACCAUGGACCAGAAAAGGAAGAGAAGCAACUGCCUGCUCUCCAGCCUCUGGCAGGAACCCAGGGCCCCAGAGCCAAGCCAAGGCCUCCCCUACCUCAAAUGCCAACUGGCCCACUCAGCCCACCAGGCCUGAGGCCAAGGGCUCCACUGACCAGGAGUCAGGGGUCUCUAACUCAUCUCCCACAGGGUCCAAGAACUCAUCAGGACCACCAAGAGUGAGUGAGGGAGGCAGGGCUCUGGGACAAAACAAAACACCCGCCUCCCAGGCACUAAUUUAUACUGCUAUGAAGGAGCUUUCCAAAGUAGCUAAAAUAAAGUUUUCUUA